CAAAUUUUCUUAAAUUUAUUUUCCGAUGAAAAUCUUUUAGUUGUUUUGAAUAGUAAACCGAGAUAUACAACGUUUCAAAUUCAAACAAAAUAUCACAUCAUGUGCGAAAUCGACAAAACAAACAAAUAACCUAUCGAAAAAGUUAUCACUACAAAUGAUUUAUACUUUUUUUUUUUUUGAAAUUAUACAGGGUAUUCUGAUCUCCGUCGAAGUGAAUCUAGACUAUUCAAGUGUUAACAGUCUAUGUUUUCAACUUACGUAUCAGUUUCCUAUCUUUGCUGAUGCCGAAAUUUUAAUUUUCCAAUGGCCAAAACUAGAAUCUAAAUAGCUUUACCGUAUUAAUUACCACUAGACUAGUAACAAAAAAAAAUCACCACUAGACCACUAGACCACAAGCGUUGGUUAAUGACUUAUACUUUUAGUUACCUUGUGAAAAGAGAAAACUAUAAUGGGAAGACAUAUCCCACCUUUCAUCGUAAUAUUCAAUUCAUCUUCUUCUGUUUGGUCAUCAACUCACACAUAUCAGAAGUCACACAACCACGCAGUAUACUAUAAUACUACAGUAAUAUUUUGUUUUUGUAGACAAAUUAUUACCUUAACACUAAAAGUUUCAUUCCGCAGUCACCAGUGUACCAGUAAGGAUCAUAGUCAAAACGAUUGUUAAAUAAAAAUUCAAACCAAAGACUUUAUAAUGGCCGUUUCAGUCGUGUACAACAGAAUUACCGUUUAAAAGUUAUAUUUUUCUUUUGUAUUGUCAGCAAUAACAAUAGCAUUAUAUUACUUAACUUUGAAAUGUUUCAUCAAGAUGUGACAAACCCCAUUUAAAAUUGUGACUCAUCAAUAUGUAAAUUAUAGAAAUAGUAUACAUCAGGAUUUUACAGGCGACACAUGUCCCAAAUAUGUUAACAGAAUAUAGUAAUCUAUAAAUUAAACCAAAUCUACAUAAAUAAAAAGGAAAAAUUACAAAAGUGAUGAAGUGUUGUGAUUUUGGGUCCUAAAAAAAUCUAGAAUAUCAACCAAAUCUACGAAUAAUUAACAUUAACAGAAAUGCGUUAAAUGCAUGAUUACCAAAGUUGCGUUAUGCAACAACCGGAGAGGCCCCCGGAUAUCUCCCCAUGCAUAAUGGUAGUUCGUCAAUUUCCUUUUCUAUUGUACGUUAUAAAUGAACCUAGAGAAAAUAUACUUUUCUUUUCUUUUUCCCCUUUUUUCCUAAAAUGAUGUAUACUUCUCAUAAUCAGUAUAUUCAGUAGAUAUUUUAUUAAAUCACCUUUCAUUGUCCUUAACGCUUAAAUUCUCUAUAUCUCUCUCUAAGUCAUCAUCUUUGUUUUGGUGUCUGCCUGGUUGUUGGUCGAAGGUCAAAGUCUAUUUUGUGCUUCCCCUAAAGAGAGAUCAUAAGACUAAUCAUCAUGAAAGUGUUUCUAGGUCUCUUGCUUCUCUUGGCCUUGACAACACCUUCAAGUGCAAUUUACUGUCUCUGCAACGAUGGGAUAGGAGAGAAAGAGCUUCAAACAGCAAUAGACUAUGCAUGUGGAACCUUAGCAGAUUGUAACCCAAUCCAAGAAAAGGGUCCUUGUUAUCAACCAAUCACCGUCAAAAGCCACUGUGAUUGGGCUGUUAACAGCUACUUCCAGAACGCAGCUCAAGUCUCUGGAAGCUGCAACUUCUCUGGAACUGCUACUACCAAUCUAAACCCACCUUCCAAUUUGGCUACUGGUUGCAUAUUUCCUUCAAGCCCAAGCUCUGCAGGAACAACACCACCAACGGGACCAACACCACCAACGGGACCAACACCACCAACAGGACCAGCACCACCAGCAGGACCAGCAACACCAGUGGGACCAACACCACCAACUCCGACAAACGGAACUAAUACAUUUCCAGGAGCUCCUCUUGCGCCUAGUCCACCCGGAACCGGAGGCUUUACUCCAAGCAAUGGUGCUUCUAGUUUGCUCAUUUCCUCUGUUUUAACACUCUGUUUCUCAUCACUAGCGUUUCUGUGAGGUUUUGACUUAAGGUUGGGAUUUUGCCAUGUGUAGAGACAAAAAAAAAUAAGCUUAGGUUCUUGUCGUCUUUGAUUCUCGUUUGAGUGGAAAAAAAUAAGCUUAGGUUCUUGUUGUGUUUUUUUCUUUUAUGUUCUUUCAUCAUUUAAGGUUUCCUCUAAUUAAAAAAACAGAAAAACAGAACAAAAAUGUCAGUGA